AAAAAUACUCUCUAGUUUUUCUACUACUAUAUCGAGAUCCAAUCUUCAUACCCUGACUAUCUUCAUUUUCCUGGCUAUACCGUGGCCCAUUGUUCAAGCCAAGUGAACAGGUUGGUCAGCAUCCGCUGACGUCCACGAAGCUUGCAUCACGACAUCUACCUGAAACUCCUCCCCUGAAGGAGAGAAAACCGAACGAAAAGAAGAACAAGAAUAGAAAAAGAAAUACACCAACUCGAGAAAAACCUCACCCCGUAUCUAUCGGCAAUGGCCACCCUCCACGAAGCCCUCCAAUGCCUCUCGGCGACAACCUGGGACGCCGUCCCCACAGACCCGGCCGCUCUCCGCGCCUACAUGGCCGACAUCUCCGCAAAAGCGCACCUCAUCGUCAACAGCGUCCCAGAGCAACCCCCACCACCACCACCACCAUCCGAUAAAGAGCACACGCACACGCACACGCACACGCCCUACCCACCCACCCCAUCCUCCCCCACCGCACCCCAAAUCACCCCCUCCCCCACCCGCCUCAACACGCCAGACCCCGCCCUCCAAACCCUCCAUCAAGAAUGGGGCAAGCCCAUCAAAGUCUCCAGCACGCGCGACAACCCGCUCGACAUCCCCGUUUACAAGCUCUCCGGCGCGGACGGGCGGGGCUCAUGGUUCGGACGACGCAGCAUACAUCAGGGACUGCCGUUCGCGCGAUGGCAGGAGAAGCUGUCGAGUGAGAUGCUUGUUACGCUGGCGGCGAAUGAGGAGCGGUUGGGGGAGGGGAAGGUCGCGGAUCAGGCUGUUAGGGGGAUUGGGGCUGAGAGGCGGGUGGAGAGGGUUGAGGUUAGGGAUGGGGAUGGUGGGGUGGUGGGGCAUGUUGGUGUUUUUCAUGUGUCGGCGCAGUUUCCGAGGCCGACUACGCCGAGGGAUUUUGUGGCGCUGAUUUUGGAUUGGGAGGUUGGUGGGGAUGAUGGUGGUGGUGGUGGAGGGGGAAGAGGGGGGAGGAAUUGGAUGAUGGUUUCGAGGCCGUGUUUGCAUCCGGAUGUGCCGGAUAGGUCGGGGUUUAUUCGUGGGGAGUAUGAGUCUGUGGAGUUUAUUAGGGAGGUGGUGCCGGGGAGGGAGGCGGGGGCGAUUGCGUCGGCGGAGAGUGCUCGGGGUAGGUCUCCUGGAGAGACAGCCAUCAAUGCGAAGGAGGGAGGCCAAGUCGUUGACGGCGCAAACGAAGAAAUCAACCCCGUCGAAUGGAUCAUGGUGACUCGCAGCGACCCCGGGGGCAAUAUUCCACGCUGGAUGGUGGAGAAAGGCACGCCCAAGAGCAUCUGCUCGGAUGCCGCCAAAUUCAUCGACUGGGCGUGUCGGGAGCCCGAUGCAACCGCUGGCGAGAGCACGACAAACAAUAUGCGCAAGACGACUGGUCCGUCCCGGCGUGGCAGCCAGCACACAGCGGGAGUGGAGAGAGAAACCGACGACAGCGAUUCCGACAUGUCGGACCUCGGAAAUGUCGAGCACCACGGACUGAUCGCCAGCUUCGCGUACCUGCUCAACUCCGGCGUCGAGCGAUACGCGCCCCAAGCAGUACUGGACUACCUGCCGCAGCACUCACGGCACUCGUCAGCCCUAAGUCGUCCCGACAGCAGCAUCUCACAGCACAGCGACGGAGCCUUCAAGACCCCCUCAGGACAGUCCAUUACAGACGUCAACAACACCACCGCAACAACAAAAACAACAGCGGCAGACGCAAAGUCGCAAGUCUCGCAAAGCAAAGCGUCGAGCUCCGCCUCCGCCACCUCCGGCCUCGUCACGCCCAUCCUCGAAGCCGGAGACCACAACAUCCCGCCGGAGGAGCUAUUAAAGACAGAUAAAAAGGGCAAGAUGUCCUCGCACGAGAAGCAGCUCGUCAAGCUCGCGCAGCAGAAACGCGACGUCGAAGGCCAGCUGGACCGCGUGCGCGCCGACAUCCAAUCCCUCAACACCAACACCGCCGCAGCAGCAGCAACACCACCACCCCGAGACGAGGUCUCCAAAAGAGACAAAGCCUCCACAACAGCCCUAGCAGCAGCAGGAGGGGGAGACGCAACGAUCAGCGACCAAGCGAGCAGCAGCGCCGCAAGCACAAACCCCCCACCCCGACCCCCCUCAACCCAAAGCGAGACCAAGAGCAAAAAAGACAGCAAGUCAAAGAAAAAAGACAAAAAAGACGCAAACCCAGAAGAGGUGAAGAUCAAAAAGGUCGCGCCGAAGCUCUUCCACGACGAAUCUAAGCUGCUGAAGCAGCUGGGCAAGAUCGAGAAGAGCCAGGUGAAGGAGGCGUCGAAGAUUGAGGCGCGGAUGAAAAAAGACGCUGCUCAAGAGGAGAAGUCGCGCUCGCGCACGGAGCACGAUUACCUGCGUCAUGAGAACGAGCAUUUGAAGAAGGAGAUUGAGCGAUUGCGCGGGGAGAGGAAGCAGUGGUUGGAUUUGAUUGGGACGUUGCAGGAUGAUAAUAAGGAGCUGGCGAAGCGGUGUUCUGGGGAGAAGGCUCGGGAUUGA